AACUCAUAGUUUUUGUUUUUAAACAUAAAUAUGAUGAAUAAUUAUCGAAUAAUGAUUAUGCACAUAGUUCGCGCACUGCCGUUGCUAUGGUGAACAGACGACGCUGAGCCACCGGAACCACCGCGUGUUGUUUGUUUGCUGGACUGAUUAAUCUUUACUAAGUUUUUGUUUUCAAUAGUGUAAUACUAUUAAGCCAAAAUGCUUUUGUUGAUCGUUGUUAGUAAAUGUAUUUGACAACGCAUGCACAGCUCAAAUGAUAUACAUGUGUUUAAAUGGUGUUGUUAAUUGUUGGAUGGAAGUUCAUAUUUACCGCAAUAUUAACAACAAUGGCCUUUUAUGACGUUUACGCCCAUCCUGCUUUAAUAAGAUACAAAACAUGUGUUUGCACGAGGGCAACGCUGUUUGUCUUUGUGGUUUUAUGCCUCACGUAUAUUUCACCUCUUCUGGUGGCUUAUAGAAGUCAAGGGUUCUGGGUAAAGAGGAGCACAUAUGAAGAGCAGCCGGUCAUACAGUUCCAGUAUGACAUGAUCCUGAUGGGAGCAACAGACACAGCAGGGAAUUAUGUGGCAUGGAGCACAUUUCCCAAUUUUAAUCGACUGAUCGGAGAUAAUUUACGCAUCCCAUUUAUCUCUGCCCAGGAGGAGGACAGGAACCAGGAUGGGAAAUCGGACCUUCUCAGGCUUCAAAUCAGCAUCCCACUCAAGGCAGAAGAGCAGAUGUUCAGCAUUCAACUCCUCCUUACCUUCUCAUACCAGCUGUUUCGAAUGUCUACUGUUGUGAUGCAGACGCUUGCCUUCGUGCAGCACUCCUCCCCUGUCCCAGGUUCUCAGCUCUCCAUCUGUGGAGACCUGAAGCUAAACCAGCGAACUCCUCUUCCUCACCGAGGCUUACAUAGUACCUACAAUGUAUCAGUGAUUGAUGGAUCCAGUCCGUUUGCGAGUAAAUAUGACCUGGCCAACAUCAUUACACUCUAUCAGCAGAGAAACUUGACAACUCAUCUCUCCGGCGUCAUUCCCGUGUGGACCAUGGGAAGAGCUGCGAACGCUCCAUUCCAGAUCAGUGCUCAGAUCAACUAUCCAGUAGAGACUAUUGCCUAUCGACCAGGCUUUUGGGAAAUGAUUAAGUUUGCCUGGAUUCAGUAUGUCAGUGUCCUGCUCAUCUUUCUUUGGGUUUUCCAGCACAUUCAAACAUUCAUCUUUCAAAACCAGGUUUUACCGACCACCACAGUACCAGCGUUUAAACAGCACAGCUCCUGAUAUGACCUGGGCUUCUUUUUCUUCUUUUAUUAAAUGAUAUUUUUAAUCUUCAUUCAUUGUUGAGGACUUGUUUUCAAGUGAGUUUUUCUAUAUAUAGUUCUCUUUGUUCAGUUCAAGCACAUUCAUACUGGAUUUCCAGGAUGCCUGUGGAGUCUCUGGUUUUUCUGGUUUCCUUCAAGUUCAGCCGCACACUGUUGCAGGAUAUUUUUUUGCUGUGUGGUUGUAAUGUGA